AUGCUUAUUCCAAAUCCUAUUCACAUUCUAUGCUUUGGCAAUUCAUUAACGCAGGGAUGGCCAUCCAAUCAUCCAUACGCAAUUGCAUUAGAAGAUACCUUCCAGACAUCUACACCCUACAUCUCUAUAAGCACAGAUGUGCAAGGAUUGCCCGGAGAUCAAGUCGUCAGUCCUCCUGGACACUACUUACCGAGACUUGAUAUCUUGUACAAUGAGAUCAAAGCUCCUUACAGCUGGAUGGUAGUUUUGGGAGGGACGAACGAUCUAACUCAAAAUCAAGAUGUCGACACCGUCUUUGAGUACUUGAUGAAAGUUUGGAAUUAUGCUCUUUCUCGAGGCACUCAAGUCUUAGCCUUGACUGUCCCAGAAUGUGGUACCUGUAGUCCAGAGCUUGACCAACGGAGAGACUAUCUAAACGACAUGAUUCGUGCUCAUCAAGCCGAGAAUUUUCAUGUGUUUGACCUUCAUGAUGCUAUACCAUAUUGGAGUAUGCCGGAAGAAGAACGCAGCCGAAUCUGGACCGAUGGUUUACAUUUCACAGAUGAGGGAUAUGAUCGCAUGGGAGCUUUGGUAGGUGGUGAGCUUCACAGGUUGAUCUCUGGUAGGGAAUUAAAGAAUGAGCGAGAACAAAAGACUUUGAUGUUCCAAAGGAGUUGA